UUAAAUCAACACAGAGGAGCAAAACGAGAGAAAGAGAGAGGAAGGAAGGAAGGAGAUGGUGAGCGCGAAAGGUGGGUAUUGGAGCGGGAUCGGGGCGCGGCGGUGCGACUCGUGCAAGUCCGGGCCGGCCCUGGUCUUCUGCCGGGCGGACGAGGCGUACCUGUGCGGCGCGUGCGACGCGCGUGUGCACGGGACCGGGGCGCGACACGAGCGCGUGUGGGUGUGCGAGGUCUGCGAGCAGGCCCCGGCGAGCGUCACCUGCAAGGCCGACGCGGCCGCCCUCUGCGUCACCUGCGACGCCGACAUCCACUCCGCCAACCCACUCGCCCUUCGUCACGAGCGUGCCCCCGUCGUCCCCUUCCUCGAGCCGCUCAGGCCCCGCUCUGCCGCCACUGGAUUCCCCUUCGGAGUCGCGGCGGCUGACGAGGAGACCAGCGAGGCGCCGUCCUGGCUCCUCCCGAUCCCUUGUGCUAAGGGCAAAUCAAUGGACCACUUCUUCUCCGACGUAGAUCCGUACCUUAAUCUGGAGUACGCCACCUCAAUCGACGCGCGAUUGCAGCAGACGGACGGCGUCGUCCCAGUCGACGCCAAAGAUGCCAGUCGAGACGGCGGAGCGCCACCUCCGGGACCGUUCCUCCCGAUCGAUGGUACGUUCGAGCUCGACUUCGUCGGAUCCAAGCCGUCAUACAGCCCCUACACCGCUGACUCCCUCAGCCACAGUGUCUCGUCCUUGGAGUUCGGGGUGGUGCCAGACGGAAGCGGCGGUAUAGCGAAGGGGGCGAAGGCGGACGCCACGGGUCCGAACUAUGGCGGCGGUGGAGGGAGGGCUGCGGACAGGGAGGCGAGGGUGAUGAGGUACCGGGAGAAGAGAAAGAACCGGCGGUUCGAGAAGACCAUCAGGUACGCAUCCCGGAAAGCGUACGCCGAGACGAGGCCGCGGAUCAAGGGAAGGUUCGUGAAGCGGUCGGAGAUCGAGCCGGAGGAGGUCGUCCGGACGUACUCGCCGGCCGUUGUGGCGGCUCUCAUGGCGGAUCCCGGCUACGGCGUCGUGCCCUCCUUUUGAGGAAUCUCCCCCCUCUAUCUCGCCACCGUGUGUUAACUAUCAAUGCUUUUUUAUGUAGGAUUUUUUCCUUCUUCUUAUUUUCCCCUAAUUUGUAUAUUAUUAUUACUACUGUUGUUAUUAUUGUGCCGAGAAAAAUUAGGCUCACUACGUUGAGGAAUAGAAUAAAAGGUGAUGCUUGCGCCUUUAAGA